AUGCAGAGCAGGUUGCCAAUGCCAUCGGACGAGCUACUCGAGAUGCCAGUGCCUGCGCCCACCAGCGAGAGCCGAGCAACUGAGGAGUCGAAGCUCGAUCGCGAAGCCGUGGUGCUGGACGCGUCCGCGACCAGCAGUCGCAACACUUGGACAGGAAAGACUCUUACAGGCCAUUUGCAGAAGCGCCCAUCUGCUGUUCACCUGGAGUUGGAUGGAGAGCUAAGAAUUGGCCUGGAGAACGACUCCGAGCAGGUGAAAACUGCAAGCCAGUCCCUCGCCAAGCCCGGGCGCCUGCCGCGAGCUAUCAGCCAAGAUGCCCUCGAGGACCCGCAGAACAUUGAAGGGCUGUCUGGCACCGUGGCCGGGACCCCGACCCCGAAGCCAACAUCUGCUGCCUUGGCAGAUGCCGUGGACUCGCCGAGGAGUUGGGGAGCGGAACUCGAGGACAUGGACAGACUGUUUGAACUGAUGGCUGCCGGGCAGCGUCCAGCCGAAAACAUCGCUGAGCGCAUCCAGCAUGCGCAGAUUCAGGAGGACGAGAUUCCUGCGCCGGACUGGGUGGAUUCCUGGGUGAGCCAGCAGGACUUCCUGGCCGAUUACGACGACAGCCAGUGGCGUCAAGGGCGUGGCGGCGGGAAGAGGUCUGAUGCUGGCGGGUCGUCUGUGCGGCUUGGCGGUAAUGACGGAUUCCAGGGAAAGGCAUGUGGACGGCCCCACGCGCAGCAGAAGCAGCAGCCGCAGCUGGCGGUGUAUUCGCUGACAGCACAGGGCGAAUCUGGACAUGGGGCCAGAGCUUUCAAGGGCGCAGCGAAGAAGACCAAGGGAAAACCAUCCCGAUCACCAGAGAAGAAGGCCCCUUUUGGUGCAGAUGCCGCUUUUCCAAAGGCCGUGGCCACACCCAGGCAGCCAGAGUCUUCACGAGAGGACAGCAAAGCACAGCCAAGCAAGCCUUCAAGGCCCAGGCCAGCCGGCAAGGCCGAAAUUGCCAGCGAGGAGCAGAGAACCCCUAGGGAUGCGAAUCCGGUGGAUCUCCAAGGGUCAGAGGAGAUCAUGCAAAAGCUGCUGGGACGAAGGCUGACAGAAGUGGCUUCACCGGCGCCUCCAAAGUUAAAGGCAGCAGAAGAGAAGCCUCGGGAGCGAAAGGAAGAGGUGGAUGAACCCAAGGAGGUCUUGGAUGUCGGCAAGGAAGUGGUGGAGGCAGUGGCACCUCAAGGAGAGACGGACAACUUCUCGCUGGCACGAAACACCUCCAAGACUGCUGUGAGCAAGCGGUACUUUGCCACAACGGGCGGUAAGAAAGGCCUUGUGCACAGCAGGUCCUUUCGAAUGCAAGAGGGGGACGAACCAAAGCAGAAGCAAGAAGACCAAGGUGAGGAUGAGGCAGCUGCGGAAGAAGAGCCAGCUGAGACACCGGCCAAGCAGAGGUGGAAGCUCGGUACCCUUGCCGUUCAGGCAGUGGUCCGCCUGCGCACGCAGAUACGGUCUCCCAGUCCUACGCCCGAGCGCCGGAGGAGCAGCAUUCGUGCUCCGCCCGUGCGCAUUCUGUACCAACCAGACACACCCCCGCCGCCGGAGAGCAUCAACAAGCCCGCGGCGCCUAGAGCUCCAAAGCGCAAGGCCCAAGCGCCGAAAAAUGAUGAAGCUUUGCAAAAGAGGACCGAGGACACCAAGCGCACGCUUCAUGAGGCCCCCCCUGUGGCUGGAGUCUCCGAGCAGAGCGCCGCAAAUAAGGAGGUGCCGGAUGCUGAUGAACCACUGCACCCCGCAAUGGGAGUUGCGCCCUUCUCGAGCACCGACUCAAGCCUAGCCCUCACGGCGGCAACGAUCCAGGCAAUUCGAUCCAUGAACGAGCCCGAUUUGUCUCAUCUGCGAAAGGCGGAGGCCAGGCUCCUGUCCGCGCGCACACAGACCACUGGCUGGCUGUCUCACGACAGCUCACGGAUCACCUUCUUCUCGGCCAAGACAGACUCAGCCACGUCUACAGUUGGCUUCUCACCGUACGCCUCGCGGACAGAUCUCAUCAAGAAUGCCUCGGGCACGACGCUCUCCUACCAAAGUUCUGCUGCAAAGCUCUCCGUUGCGUCGAGGGAAGACGAG